GGAGGCUCGCGCUAUACAGUCGCCAGUGUAGGGUUACCGCCGAACCGAAUAUCACGACCGUUUCGCUGCUAUUAAUCUGUGAACGAUUUAUCAACCGAUCAAUCGUUUUUCGCUGACUGUACGUCUGUACGUAUAUAUUUAAAUAAUUUAUUUUCAUAUUAAAUACGCGAUUUCAGACAAUCGCCUUUUCCGGUUUUACAUAUACAUCGUCGUAUUAAUUACGCCAACCGCACACACAACCGGAAUUGUUUGGGGAAAAUUGCAUUUAGACGAUUACGUUCCGAGUCGUCCGGCCGCCACCAUGGGGCUGCGAACGUUCGUGUUAUGUUCGUUCGUCUGGUAUUUCGGACACGCCGCACAAUACGCACCGAUUGAAGGCGUGGACGGUAACGAUUGCGCCGUCGUCCUAGAAGGAUCGAAGCAUUUCAUUUAUAACAGUGGAAAAGGUUCACCGCACCGUUCGGCGGCUCACAUGUGCAUCACGUACGACACGGUUAAUAGAGCUUUUCUAGACGUCCAAAACCGUCACACGCUGCUAGAACCUAACGACCAAUGGGGCCCGAUACAUUUUGCCAGACUUGGAGAAUUGUUGUUGGACGUGUCGCAAGUGCUCGCAAAAAUGUAUGACUUGAACGCCGAUGACGUGAACAAGUUCUUGCCUGCUAUCGACACUUCCAAGACGCUCAUCAGGAACGUAUGCCCGUCGUGUUUAACGAGAGUGGUGUGCAAACCCGGUAAGUACCGUAGGGCAGACGGGCUGUGCAACAAUGAAGACAAUCCGACGUGGGGAGCGACUAUGUCAACGUUUAACAGGUUGAUGUCACCACGAUUUUCCGAUAAGUUGUCCGCGCCCAAGACGUCGGCUUCCAAUCAACCCCUACCCCUUGCUAGGGUCGUGUCCCGAACCGUUCACCCUGAUGAGGGGCUGCAUGAACAUGCCGGAACUGUAAUGUUAGUCGCCUGGGGACAGUUCAUGGACCACGAUUUGACUCUGACGGCCACUCCGUUAGAUCCGGUGAACAGAAACGAACCCGAAGAGUGUUGUGGCCGUCCGGACCACUUGAAGAACAAAUACUGUUACGAGAUAAAAAUACCAGAAGACGACAAUUUUUAUAGAAACCACAACGUCAGGUGUCAGGAUUUCGUAAGAGCGUUUCCUGGUGUCAAGCCCGAUUGUAAAUUGGGACCGAGGUCACCGUUCAAUCUACUUACCCCGGUGAUCGACGGUAAUACCAUUUACGGAGUAGAUGAAACGUUUUCCCAGUAUCUUAGGUCCGGAUAUACUGGACAACUGAGGAUGAACCCGGCAUUCGCGAAUCUAGGGCUGAAAGAACUGCUGCCAAUGAAGUUGAACAUCCCGGACGAAGGUUGUAUCAGGUCGAAUGCUUCUCAGUACUGUUUUGAAUCAGGUGAAAUUAGAGUAAACGAACAGCUUGUUCUUACGUGCAUCCAUACAUUAAUGGCCAGAGAACAUAACCGUGUGGCUAAAGAAUUAUCGCAAAUAAAUCCGCACUGGAAUGACGAAAUGCUCUACCAGGAAGCCAAGAGAAUUGUCGUGGCUGAAAUACAACAUAUAACGUAUAACGAAUUUCUGCCCAUACUUUUAGGGAAAGACAUGAUGGAUAAACAUAGCUUAACAAACAAAAAAAAAGGACAUUGGAACGGAUACGAUUCAAAUGCAAAUCCAAAUAUAUUGGCUGCGUUUUCGGCGGCGGCCUUUCGUUUCGGCCAUUCCUUGCUGCCAAAUGUUAUUGAACGCUGGAGCAAAGCUCACGGUUUUAUCGCUUCCAAAAAACUGUCGGACUUGAUUCGGCGGCCGUUCGAUUUGUAUAGAGCCGGCGCUAUAGACGAGUAUCUAAUGGGCCUCAUGAACCAAGUCGCACAGGCCAUGGACGAUUCGAUAACGCAAGAAGUGACAAAUAAUUUAAUAAAAAAACCGGGCCAAGGGUUUGGUUUCGACCUGGUAUCGUUUAACAUACAGAGGGGCAGGGACUUCGGAUUACCCGGUUACAUGGAGUACAGACGCCAUUGUGGGUUGACCGUGGCCAACCGAUUUGAAGAUAUGGCGGGAUUCAUGCCUAAUUCCACCAUACAACGUUAUCAAAUGAUCUACUCAUCACCGUUCGACAUCGACUUGUGGUCAGGCGGAGUGUCGGAAAAGCCGGCGCAAGGGAGUGUCGUGGGACCUACGUUCGGUUGCAUAAUUGCAUCGCAAUUCAGUCUGUUGAAGAGGGGCGAUCGGUUUUGGUACGAAUUGCCCAAUCAACCGUCAUCAUUCUCAUCGGAUCAGUUGCAAGAGAUCAGAAACGUCCGGCUGGCGCGUUUGGUUUGUGACAAUACGGACAUAAUUGACACGGUACAAAUGUAUCCGAUGGUGUUGUCGGAUCACGAACUGAAUCCUAGGGUCCCGUGUAGGAGUGGAGUCAUACCUAGGAUGGAUCUGAGCAAGUGGGCCGACACUUCACUAGAUACGGCUGAACCCAACACUAGACUCUCGAACGUGGAGAAAAAUCUCAAAUCCGGCAUGACGGAAGCAAAGAUACAGUUCUGCGAGAACUGCAACGCGACGGUCGUGGACAACGGGAUCGGGUUGGCGGAUACAGGAACACGGGUGAUUACGAUCAUUGAAGCGACAGAUGAGCUGGACGGAAACGCGGUGAUGAACUCAAACGCCAUAUUCGGCGGCAACGACAAAAGGCUAAAACGGGGUGCCGAAGCCGCUUCGCUGGCCGGAAAUGAGACGGCGGACGGGAACGACGACCCGUCGCUGUCGGACGAAAUGGUGUUAGCCGGGCUGGACGUGCCUAAGGCGACGCCGAUCAAGCGGGACACUUCGGACGGGUUACCGGACAUGACGCAGGCGAUCAUGGAGCAGCGUGUGGACUACGACGUGGACGAGGAGUUCCGGGCGGCCAACGGUCACGGGUUCGAAGCUCCCAGAACCAGGCCGGUGAACAAUUACCGCGGUUACAGCAGCCGCCGUCCGGACGAACACCUGGAGGAUGACGGGGACGAAUUUGACGACGCCGACCACAACUCGCACUACGAGUACGUGCCCAUGGAGUUCGACGACGAGGGAAACCACAGACCGCUAACUUUGCCUAACUACUUGGACUCUAAGAAGCCUGUCAAGUCUAACAAGUACGGCGCGUCCAAGAAGCCGAAGUAUCAUCCACGGCCGUUCGGUUAUAAAGGUCACGGGAGCGGUAGCAGUAGCGGUGCAUCGCCACAGCUGCACGACCACGACUUUGUGCCACUGCGCGGUGGAGGCAGUGGGGCAAGCUUUGGAGGCAUCGGUGGAGGUAGUCCAGCGGCAGGAUAUUCGUAUGGCGUGGGUGGUGGUAAAUAUUCUGAUGGUGAAUUUGACGAUUAUCAUGACGUACCGUCGCCAUACUCCGGUCGCCCGUUAUCGGAUAGCGGCGGUGGACCCAAGUCGUAUGUGUCAAUGACUCGUAGCAACCCCGACGAAGCUGAUCACGGAGAUAUAAUCAAUAUCAAUCACGGGCAUGGCUCUUAUGACGUGCAUGAGGGGCCGUCACGUGAUUAUCGCGGAUACUCUUCCGCGGAUCACGAUGACGAGGACGAUACGUACCAUGAUCACGGGAUCACAAAAUCGUCACCAAAGUCGCCGUACUUCUACCGGGGUGGAGACUACGCGUACGAACCGUCAUCGACUUCGAUUCAGUCCACUCAGUCCCGGUUACAAGAAGCAUACGACAAGCCCCCAAAGUCGAAAGCCUACUGGAGGAUGUCGUACGUGCAGGACGUCUAAGAAACAUCACACGAUCAUCACCGCCAUCGACUACCACCAAUAACCUGCACCAGAACUAUCGUUACCAUUUCCGCUAUCACCACUAGUUGAGGCUUAACCCACAAUAUUCAAUGAUCUUACGAAUAUUUGUUUAUGGCUAAUUGAAAAUUAAUCAUUGAAACCCUAACGCCAAAACAAAACGUUAUGUAUGCUAUCAUAUCAUCGACCAAAAUAUUUUUAAUUAUAGGAUUGGGCAGAAAAAAUGUUUACGAGCUAGGUCGAUCGUUUAGAACGAAUCAUGUGCUUUAUAUAUAUAUGUAUAUAUAUAUAUAUAUUACACCGUAAUAAUGGACAUGAUUUUAUUUUAC